CUAAAUAAUGUUUCAUCUAGAGAAAGCAAAGAACUCACAAGAUUAUAAUAUCGGAGAUUUUGGAUAAAUCCGCAAACCAAAUAAAAGAAACAAAAAUGGAUCCAACCUUGUAUCUGAAAUAUCAGUAAUGGUGAUUUUUCACUUGCUGAAUAUCUGAAAAGGGAUGAAUAUCCAACCUUGUGUCACUCCAACAGGCAAUCUUACACGUGGCAGCCCAUUAUGGCCACUCACCUUUUGUGGAAGAAGUCGUUAAGAUUAGUCCGGCGUUGUUAUGCCAUCGGAACAAGAAGAAUGAAACUGCGCAUCACGUAGCAGCUAAUGAAGGUCACAUCGAAGCGUAGUCCAUUCGCUACUUAGUAUGGAGGAGUAUUAUAACGAGACGCUCAUGAGGAUGACAGCUGAGAAUGGAGAUACAGCGCUGCACAUGGCCGCGCGAAGCCGACAUCAAGAUGUAGCCAGAAUCUUGGUGAAAGAAGAUCCUGAAUUCGAAUGUCCAUCCAACAAGGCUUGGGAGAUACCACUGUAUCUGGCAGCUGAGUCUGGUCUUCGUGAAGCUUUGAGUGAAAUCUUGGACUCAUGCAAGCAACCAACUUCUUCUGUAGGUCCAUUAAAUCGAACACCUCUGCAUGCAAAAGUAAUUCAGGAACACACAGAAAUGGCCUAAAUGCUAUUCACGAAGCCAUAUUCUGCAGUCAAACAAAUGUGGUCAGUUACUGAAGUCCAGAAAGUGGGAUAAGCUUAUCGAGGAUCCAGACAACGAUGGCAACACUCCUCUCCAUUUGCUUGCUUCCUCUGAUUUUUGGGGCUAUGUGCCAUUGGAAUUAAAAUAUCAUCCCUGAGCAAAGAAGAUGUCAUAUAACAAGGAAAACAAGACUCCUUUUGAUGUAGCAGUGUCUUGCAGAGAGUAGACGGCAGACAAGGAUAGAAUCGCGCCCAGCUUAUUUAACGAUUUCUUUAUUUCCAUUGCUCAGUUGGGAGGACGUUCACCCAAGCUGAACCAUAUGGAUCCUCGUCCAAUGUCCUAUAAGGAUUUGGGUUAUUUGUGGUAUCUCAGUAAAGUUGGAGCUAGGUCGCUGCUCGUGGCAAUGUCAGCAGUUGUAAUUGCAUUUGCAACUGGUAUGUAUGCUACUUUAGCACAUUGUCUCGCUGUUAAUGUCUAUUCCAUCGGUUGCACCUCUUUCAUUAUGUACGUGUGGGCAGCGCUGAGGCCAUUAUGCUAGAUACGUGUAGCAAAAAGGUAAUGUAUACGUUCAAAAAGUAUUUUUGACAUGUAUACUUUGUGUAAUUUUCUUUAUACUUAAUAUAAAUUCAUU